AUGUUGCUUAUGGGCAUCAGUGCAUAUUAUCACAUCUUGUCGACGUCUGCGGCCAUGAUUAAAUCUCCGGUUCCAAGGAUGUUUUACGCCGCCGCCGCCGUCACUAAUUUUCGACAUCGUUGUCGUGCCUCUACAUCGGCACUCCUCCUCCGAGCGGCCGCUCCUCAUUAUCACCCCAGAAAGUCACAGUACGACCAUGCAAGCUCGAUAAAGUCGGAGAAUCGUUUGCACAGUCUCAACACACACAAUCGAGACAAAGUUGUGUUAUGUAUGGAGGAGAGUGUUUUGGCUGCAAUACCUUUGAUCACAAUUUUAGCUCAAGGUGUGGCACAGCAGACUGCUUCUGGAAUCUCGUCUAAUGGUAAUAAAGCUCGAUUAUUACGUCGAAUUGACGUACUGACCUCUCAUGCCAUACAACAGAAGAGGAUCGCGUAG